CGAACGGAGCUCCGUGCGGUCGAUCCCCAGUUUAUCGCGACCGCGGUGCGCAGUCUCGAGUUCUGAAGGUGUCAGUGAUAACUCCGAUACCGCUCCGCCAAUCGCGGCCGGUGCGAGCGAUACACUAUCAGCAGUACAAGUCGAUCUGUGCCGAAUCGAAAUUUUUCACGCGAGCGUCCCGGUAGGCUGUAAUAACCGAGUGCUUUUUCGUUUUACACGGGAUUCUGUUGCUAUAAUUACAUUAUCCUGGUGUGAGUUGAGUGCGCGCGUGAGUGCUGGAUUAUGAGGCCCAAGGAGGAGGUGGACGCUAAGGUCCAAACGGGGACCUUCAUCCUGUCUGAGAAGAUCGAUGAUACCAAGUCGAAGAAGAGCGAAAAGGAAAUGAAGAAGGAGAUGAAACGCCUCGAAAAGGAAAAGCAGGAGCGGGAGAAAAGGGAGAAGAAGGCAAGGGAAAAGGAAAAGGAGAAAGAAAAGCUAGCGAAAAAAGGGAAGGUGGUGUGCGGCGCGUGCGCGGGCAAGUGCAGCGGCGAGGUGCUGCGCGUGUCGGACAAGUACUUCCACAUGGCGUGCUUCACGUGCCGCGCGUGCUCCGCGUCGCUGGCGCGCGGCGGCUUCUUCUGCAAGGACGGCCACUACUACUGCCCGCAGGACUACCAGCGAGCGUUCGGCACGCGGUGCGCUGCGUGUAACCAGUACGUUGAGGGGGAGGUGGUUUCGGCCCUUGGAAAUACAUAUCAUCAAAAGUGUUUCACCUGCGCUCGAUGCAAACGAGCAUUCCCCUCCGGAGAAAAAGUGACCUACACCGGCAGCGAAGUGGUCUGCGCGGCCUGCACCGCGGCGCCGCAACGGCACACGGCGCACACAACGCGCGCUCGGCCAUCGCCGCCGUCGCCCGCGUCGCCGCUCACGCCGCCCACGCCGAACUCGCCGCAUUCGCCCACAACGCCCACAGACCACGAGCGGGAGCAGAGACAACCCGACCCAAAUGAGUGCGCGGGCUGCGGACACGAGCUGUCGGAGGGGCAGGCGCUGGUGGCGUUGGAGCGGCAGUGGCACACGGGCUGCUUCGCGUGCGGCGAGUGCGGCGCCGUGCUGCAGGGCGAGUACAUGGGGCGCGCGGGCGUGCCGUACUGCGAGCGCGACUACCAGCGCCUGUACGGCGUGCGCUGCGCGUACUGCCAGCGGUACAUCUCCGGGAAGGUGCUACAGGCCGGCGAUAACCACCAUUUCCACCCAACGUGUGCGCGCUGCAGCAAGUGCGGUGAUCCCUUCGGCGACGGCGAGGAGAUGUUCCUUCAGGGCGCCGCCAUCUGGCAUCCCCGCUGCGGGCCCGCGCCACACGCGCCGCUCGACUUGGAGCGGGCCUCCUCUGAACUACAGUUCUCGCUGCGCUCUCGCACGCCCAGUGUCAACGGCUCGUACUGCAGCCCCUACAGUAGCUUGACCAGGAAGUAUGGCUACCGCGCGGUGUCACCCGGCCUCACGCUUCGCGAAUACCGCGACUCCCGCGACGAGACAUGCUCGCCGCACCGCAUCACCACCUACUCGUACCUGGCGAGCGAGCCCACCACGCUGCGUCGCUGUGUGCAGCCGUAUGACCGCCCGCCCACCUCGCCGCACUUCCACAGACCCCCGUCGUCGGCCAGCACGCGGGCCAGUUCCCGCGCGGGCAGCAAGGCGUCGUCCCGGCCGGGCAUGCGCGCGCUGGUGGACUCCAUCCGCUCCGAGACGCCCCGCCCCAAGUCGCCGCGGAUGAACAACGAGGAACCCAUCGAGCUGUCCCACUACCCGUCGGCCUACAAGCCCCCGCCCGGCACCAAGCCCAAGAUUGAGCGGGACGACUUCCCCGCGCCGCCCUACCCCUACACCGACCCCGAGCGUCGUCGGCGCUGGUCCGACACGUACAAGGGCGUGCCCGACAGCGACGAGGAGGGAGAGCGCGUCAACGGGCUCAACGGCGACGUCGACCCCAAGCUGCGCCGAGAGGAACAGGAGCUAUCGAAAAUAGAGACCGGCAUCGCGCAGGUAUUUUUGAAAGAAGUGAAAGAACGCGAGAAACUUCAGCAAUGGAAGAAACAGAAUUUAGAUCCUAGAAAUGCUAGCAGGACACCGAGCGCAUCCCGCGAGGCGGGAAGGUUACGAUACUCAUCACCAGUUGGCGCUUCGCCUUCUCGCUCGCUCGACCAUCCGCGAGCACUCGACUCCGCCCCACUACCAGCUAGGCAUCACCACGUGCCCUCCUACAACGUGGUCUCGUCGCUGCGUGCGGCACCGCGACCAGGUUACGGGCUGGCAGCACGAUCGCACACCUUUUCAUCCAGCACUGCCGGUGACUUCACAUUCAGCGGCCUCGGGGACAAAACGCACAGCACCGAUUUUAGCAGCGGCAAAUCAGACAUUUCUGCCGGCUCUAUCACCGACGUGGAUAGGAGUGCUGUGACAACCGAUGGCGGGGUGAUGAUACGCGGCGGGGGCGUGAUUUCGGCAGCGGCGGGCGGAGUCGGCCCGGGGUCCACCAUGGGGUCGGGGGUCGGCGUGGGGGUGCGAGGGGGCGGGGUCAGACGCUCCCUACCAAACAUGGCCACAUCGCAUUUACUACACGAGCCCGCUAAACUGUACCCCUACCAUUUACUGCUGAUCACGAAUUACCGUCUGCCGCCUGAUGUGGAUCGACUCAACUUAGAGCGCCAUCUAUCGGACGCGGAGUUCGAGGCGAUCCUUCAAGUAGGGCGGCAAGAGUUCUACCGCCUGCCACAGUGGCGCCGCAACGAGCUCAAGCGACGCGCCAGGCUCUUUUGAGCACGUUGUCCCGGGUGGGGGAAGGGUGGCUACGUUUACUACGUAAGGAUUUAUAUUUAUUGACUGGGGAUUGUGCGGGCAAUUGUGUAUUUGUUACAUUGAGGAAGAUAAUAUGAAUGAAAGGGGGUACGUAAUUAAUGAGGAGAGAUGGAAGGGAUAAGGGGGGGUUGUCCCCUUUCGAUGCGAAAGUAAGAUAUGAACAGAAGGGGUUUUAACAUUACAUUGGAGGGGGGAAGGGGGCCGGGAGUGUGCCCUUUGGUUAAGAAAAUUAGGUUAAAACAAAGGGGUUUUAAUAUUAAAUGGGAGGGGGAGAUGAAUGGGGUCCGGGUUGGUCCCCUUUAGUUGCAAAUGAUAGAUAAAACGUCAUGGUACCUAGUGCAAACUUUAAUAAUAAUUCUCGAUAAAUAAUCUGAACACAAACAUCUGAUUUCAUUAUGCAGAAAUGUAUUUUACUUUUACGAAACCAACGAGUCAAUUAUCAUUAUGACCUGACAUGUAUUUAAAAGGUCUGACAUGUAUUUCGUCAAGUGCGGUCAUAUAAUCAUAAUGUUCAAAUUAUUUUCCGGGUAUUAUGAAUAAAAUAAAUUUAAAAGCUAAGAAAGGGGAUUACAAAUAUAACCCCUCUCUCCCCAAAAUUGUUCCCGUAAAACGCUGGAGGUACAGACAAACAAAAAUUCUUACGUAAUAAACAAAAGGCCCCGCGCGAUUUCGCAUCACGGUACUAAGGUCUACUGGUGUAGAUAUUUUAUUUUUAUUAUUUUGUAACUGUUGAUUUUUUUUAGCCGACGACUAGUUUUAAUUUGUUUUUAAAUAUGACUUAUUUAUAGUCCUACCGUGCGAUACGAUUCGUACAUUUUAAUUUUAUUGAAAAAAAUUAUAUCAAAUUUAUUUAAUUUAAAAAGACGUUCCUAUAAUAAAUAGGCGCCUUCGCGUUUUUAACUUAUUUAAAUCGCAUUGCACGUUAGGUCGAUCUUUUCAGUUCGCACACAAAACUUUCAAUUGCAUUGAAAGAAGGUUAUCAAAUAUUUAUGGGUUAUGUAAUAUAUCAUUUAGAAAAUGAAGCGGUUAUAGCGCAUUGGGUAGCUCGACUUCACUUUUGGGAGGCC